AUGGACCUGGAAUGUAAGGGGUGCUCUUUCACCUGGUCAAAUAAACGUGAGGGAGAGAAUCUGGUGAAAAAGAGGCUAGACAGAGCUUUCUGUUCGCUUCAGUGGAGAGUUACUUACCCAGAGGCUGAAUGUAUUGCACUUUCGGCGAUAGGCUCGGAUCAUACUCCUCUCCUGAUAUCCCUGGCUCAACCAAAGCGUAGAAAACGAAAGCAGUUUAAAUACGAAGCAUACUGGACUGAUGAUGCAGAAUGUAAAACCAUAGUCAGAGAUACCUGGAAUGAACUUGCCUUACAUGAUCUUAAUGUGAUGGAGAAACUGCAGCAAGUACAACAGCAGUUGAUACAGCGGAGCAAAAGCAAAUUUGGCCAUGCUAAGAAGAGGAUCACCUGGCUGAAAGAAUGUCAAAACUUGGCUGAUAUCUUAAAUCAAUACUGCUUUGCUUCAAGUCAGGCAAUCAAUCUCAACAAAUCAGGCAUUUAUUUCAGCAAAGGAUGUCCUACAGCUCUAAAGAGAAACAUGGCAACAGCUCUCAGAGUUCCAGAAAUCACAAAGACAGGGAAAUAUUUAGGCAUACCUUUAGACUGGGAGCACUCCAAGAAAGACAUGUUCGCAUGGAUCUUAGCUCGGGUCAAUCCCAAACUGGACAGCUGGAAGGAAAAAUUGUUAUCAAAAGAAGGAAAGGAAAUACUCCUGAAAGCAGUAAUACAAGCCAUCCCUCAAUAUGCUAUGUCAAUAUUCAAAAUACCUAUAUCGAUUUGCAAAGCAAUUGAGAGGAAGGUUGCAUCCUUUUGGUGGAAAAGUAAUGAGAAAAAUGCUGGAAUUCAUUGGAAGAAGUGGGAUUUGCUGAAAACCAGGAAGAGUGAAGGGGGUUUGGGUUUCAAAGAUCUACAAAUCUUCAACACAACAAUGCUAGCUAAGCAGAUGUGGCGUAUCAUUCAAAAUCCAGACUCUCUGUUAACAAAAAUUCUGAAAGGGCUGUACUACUCACACUGUGACAUAUGGAAUGCUGGCAGAGGUUCACGUCCCUCGUGGGGUUAG